UUUUUUUUUUUUUUUCUAUUGUUAUAGUAAUCAUAUCCUUCAUUUCUUAUUUAUCGAAAAAAGGCAACAUCAGUCAGUUCAACAUAUCAAUCUACUUUAUCACAACAAGAUGACCGGUUCCCGACGUCCUUCCAAGAAUAACAACAAUGCCGGCAAUGACUUUAAGACUUUGAAAAUUCUAUAUCGCCAGCAAUUACCGACACUUCGUGAAUUAUUCCCUGGAUGGAGUCAAGAAGAUCUUCUUGCUGCUACUCAUGAAGCAAACGGUGAUUUGGAACUUACUAUUGGACGUAUUAUGGAAGGCCACGCUAAUCAAUGGGAUCAGGUCAAAACCAAAAAAACGAAAACUCAACAACAAAAACAAGUCAACACCAAUAAUACAUCAAAGAAAUCGGAAGGUCAUACUGGAACUCGAGAUCUCCCUCGUGGUGCAAAAUCAAGGAAUGGAAGACCACGGGGCAAAUUUGGUGACAAAUCACAUCGUGGCAAGAAAGAAACUGAAGAACCUUCCAAACCUGUGGAAAAGGAAGAAGAAAAGAAACCUUCGUGGGCAAGCAUAUUGAAAGGACCAACGAAACCUGAAGUUCCAGUAUCAGAUGCAACAGAAUUAACCAUUAUUACAACAACUGACAACGAGGACGAGAAACCAACACAACUGGAUGAAAAAGAUAGUGAAAAGAUAGAUACUACAGAGAAAUCCAUAGAUCCGACUAUUCAAGUGAAAGAACACCAGGAAUCAGCAGAUAUUGUAGAACAAGUGAACGAACCAGCAGAUAUCAAUCAAGGCGACAUAAAUGACAAGGAUGAAGAUAAUAACAAACAAAUCACAACUAUAUCAGUAGAAGAAUCCGAUACUGUAACAACUCGACAACAACAACAACAAUUUAUAACAUUCCGAAAAGUACCAGUACGAAGAUUGAAACAAGAUGAACCUGUGGUUUUACCUGCUGGUGGUUCAGGUCUGGAAAAUGUCAGUGUACAAUUUGGUAGUCUCAACUUGACAAAUGGCGAAGAACAACCUAUCAAGGAAGAACAAUCAGCUCCCAAGGAACAACCUGAAGAACAAGAAGAAAAGGAUGAAGAAACCACACCAACUGUUGCCACUCCUGUACCAGCUCCUUCUACGACCGUCACCACUACUACUGCCUCUGUCCAAUCAACCAUUCCUCUUGCUCAACCCAACUCUAAAACAUCAUUAUCUACAACAACUACUUCAUCUUCCGGUGUAAUUAACAAUAUGAAAGUACCAGAUUCUACUGUAUACUACCAACAACAAGUACCACUACCACAACAACAACAACAACAGCAACAACAACAACAGCAACAACAACAAAUUCAACAACAACAAAUUCAACAACAACAAAUUCAACAACCUGAACAAACAUACCAACAAUCUUUCCAACAUCCACAACAUUCCACUUUGCCAUCUACUGAUGCUCAUAUGGCACCUUAUGUUCCCUACGUUCCUAAUACUAUCCCUGCAAACGGUCAACUACAUGGAUUUGCUAACCCUGGUAUGGUGUCAAUGCCUGAUUACUACAAUGCUGAUGGUCAACGUCCUAUGAAUUAUUACGAUCCUAAUAUCUAUAAUCAAUCACCUUCAGUGGCCAAUGCUCAUUUAUAUGGACGAGGAAAAUUCAAUAAUGAAGGUAUUGUUCCUUCUCCUACUACCCUUGGAGUGAUGAAUAGUAACACAUCCACACCAAUUGUUCAAGUAUCUCAACAACCUCAACAACCUCAAGCUGGAAUGUAUGGUGGUAACGCUGGUGGAUAUUAUUCAUAUUAUUAUAUGCCCAAUCAAUAUCAAAAUUAUCAACAAAGUGGUUAUCAACAACAACAACCUGUUUCUCAGCAUUAUCAACCUCCUCAACAACCUACUCAACAACCUCCUCAACAACUUCCUCAACAGCCUCAACCUCAACCUCAGCCUCAAUCACAACCACCUCAAGCACAACAACAACAAUCAUCUCAACAACAACAAACACAAGGUCAACAACAACAACCACAACAAACUCCACAAAAACAUCAUCCUCAAGUAUCGUAUAUGAAUGGUAAUACUUACCCGAUGUAUGGAAAACCAAACAACUUUGUGUAUCAAGACUAUACCAAUCCACAAGCGUAUGAUGAUAGUAUGUUACAUAACAAUGGAGGUCAAGGAUCAAUGUACGAUAAACAAUAUCAAACGUUACCUCAAAUGCAACAUUAUCUAGGUGGUAAUAUGGGAUCACAACAAGCACAUAGUGGAAAUGGACAAUCCAAAGAUAGUAUAAUGAAUGGAUAUGACAAACAUCAAGGACCUCCUAUGCAUCAACAACCAAUCAUGACGACACCUGGAAAUUAUCAACAACCUCAGUAUCAACAACAACAACUACAACAACAACAACAACAACAACAACCUUUCUUAUAUCAACAACAACCUCAACAACAACAACAACCUUAUAAUCCACCUACCAUGAAUAGUUAUCCAUCACGUCAACCUCAACAAACUCUUUACUGGCAUCAAGCUUAGCUUAGUUUAGUUUUUAUAUCAUUAUAUUAUUAUCAUCUUUUUUCUUUUUUUUUCUUUUCAUUCAUCUUGUCUCAUUCCGUAUACUGUAAAUAUAUAUAUUUCUAUGAAAUGAAUCUUUCCCCUUUUUCCUUGAUGUUGUUCUCAAAAUAAAAUAAAACAUUUGUUUCUUUCA